UAGUAUUCAUAAAUUUCAUCUUCUUCAUCUUCUUCCUUGAGAUUCAAGAAGAAGAAGAAGAAAGGAAGAAGAUCGUGACCUAAUAUAUCUUGCCAUAUCUUUGAUCGAUCAAUCGCUAUCGUUAACCUCUUUUGAGCUGUCUUCAUGAGAGCUUUCACAAUCAUCUCUCACGAGAAACUUGCUUUCUUCUCUUUUAAACAUCUAUUUCUUCUUCACUUAUGAUCAUCAUAUCUUCUUCAUCACAUCCAAAUGCAGAUAAUAAUAAUGGCAUUACUUCAUCUUCUAUACAUUCUUCAAUAUUCAUCACUUCUCUCAUUCGCAAUGCUUAAUCCAAUUGAUUUCUUAGCUUUACAACUAAUCCGUAAAUCUCUCCAUGAUAUGCCUGGUUCAAACUUCUUCUCUUCAUGGGAUUUCACAUCAGAUCCCUGUAAUUUCUCCGGCGUAUAUUGCGACGCUGGAAGAGUCAUAUCGUUAAAUCUCGGCGACCCAAGAGCAAACUCUCCCGGUUUAAUCGGCCAUAUUCAUCCCGCUAUCGGAGAUUUAUCUUCACUUGCUGAAUUCACAGUCGUGCCUGGUAAAAUAUACGGUACUCUACCAUCAACAAUUUCUAUGUUACACAAUCUCAAAUUCCUCGGAAUAAGCAGGAAUUACAUCUCCGGCGAGAUUCCACCCAGUUUAAGCCAAAUCCGGGGGAUUAGAACGAUAGAUCUUAGUUUCAACAUCUUAACAGGUAAAAUUCCUCCUGCCGUCGCUGCUUUACCAUCGUUAUCAAAUUUCAUUGUCUGCCGUAAUCGUCUCACUGGUUCUAUCCCCCGUUUUACAUCACAAACCCUAACUCGACUCGAUCUGAAACGGAAUUCUCUAAGUGGAUCAAUCUCCAUUGAUUCUCUCCCGUCUUCUCUUCAAUACCUAUCAUUAUCAUGGAAUCAACUAGACGGAUCAUUGGAGAAAGUGUUAAUCAGGUUAAACAAGUUAAACUAUCUAGAUCUAAGUAUGAACAGAUUCACUGGAACCAUUCCGGGAAGCCUAUUCUCUUCUCCGAUCUCGAAUCUUCUUCUACAUAGGAACUUGUUUACGGGUACGAUUCGUCCUGUUCAUCAGGUUACGAUUCAAACUGUUGAUUUGAGUUUUAACCGAUUGAUCGGAGAAAUAUCGCCGUUAUUUUCCGAUGUAGAGAACUUGUAUCUGAAUAAUAACAUGUUCGGCGGCGAGAUUCCGACCGGUUUGAUUAACGGAGUGUUGGACGGUAGAAUUCAUGUUUUGUAUGUACAACAUAAUUAUCUGUCGGGGAUGAAGAUGAAUCCAAUGGCUAAGAUUCCGGUUCGAAGUUCGGUUUGUUUACAGUAUAAUUGUAUGGUCCCUCCGGUUCAGGCCGCGUGCCCAGUAAAGGCUGGGAUACAAAAGACAAGACCGAUGUCUCAAUGUGUGUAGUGGAGAGAAUAGUCAAAGGGUAAAAUUGGAAUUAUUUUGUUUGUUGUUGUUUUAAAGUGAUUUUUAUUGAUUCAUUUGUCUAGGAAUUGUUGCAGCUUUAGUAUUAGAAUUUUAUUUGUUGACAUGAAUAAAGACAAAUUUAUGUUGUAUAAAACUAUAUAUAUGUAUAAAAGAUCCAUUUUUGCA